UUUAAUGCUAUAUUAAAUGCUUGUCAGCAGCGACCACGUUUAUCACGAUCGGCAUAGUACCUAUUUAGGGAGGUGCGGUGUUCGCCCUUGAUUAUGUAUUCAACUAUCAUGAUGCGCGAUGAAGAUUACAAACGCGCUCAAGAAGAAUGGGUCUCUAAUUGCACUGGUGGCUCGAUUCGCGAGAUUUUAGCUGUAUGCUCUUCUCUUGUUGCAUCACAUUUCCUGUGGACAGUAUUAAGCAAACGCGAUUGCAAUCCAUUUGUGAAAGGAUUCUGGAUUCAACUCUUCGUUUACAUUGUACCUGUCUUGGCAAACCAAACGGUACUUGCUGACCAUGCUUCCUUAGUGACACUCGGUAUCUUGUCGGUCGGUUUUCUGGUUUCUAUGACUACUUCAAAAAGUGAACAGGCAGCAAGAGAUGGUACAAGUCAAACUGGGUACAAACCGUAUCUCACUGUCUAUCGAGCUGGCAUCAUGAUGGUGACUUGUUUGGCAAUACUUGCUGUUGAUUUCCCUAUCUUUCCACGCCGGUUUGCGAAGGUGGAGACAUUCGGCACAUCAUUGAUGGAUGUUGGCGUGGGCGCUGUUGUGUUUUCCUCGGGCAUUGUCUCUUCACGAGCGUACCUUUACCAGAUUCCAGGUGAAACCAAGAUGCUGGCGCUAUUCAAAGCCAUUCGGUCUGCUUUGCCUAUUUUGACACUAGGAUUUGCAAGAUUUGUUCUCACCAAAGGUGUUGAUUAUCAGCAUAAUUCAGAAUAUGGAUUACACUGGAACUUCUUUUUCACGUUGGGCUUUUUGCCUCCAUUCGUCACUUUGGCGAGUUUCCUCUACAAAUGGGUUCCAUUUUCGGUAUUAGGAUUAGCUAUAGCUAUUGGUUAUCAGGUGGCAUUAUCUCAAGGAUUACAGGGUUGGAUACUCGAAGCGCCUCGAGUAGAUAUGAUCAGCGCCAACAAAGAAGGCAUUUGUAGCUUUGCAGGUUACCUAUCCAUAUUCCUUCUUGGACUUGAUUCGGGUACCGUUGUGUUUAAAAAAUCGCUCAGUAAUACAUUGGAAUCUCGAUGGUUAGGCCUAAGUAAGGGAUCCAACACAAAGCAGGUGGCAGCACAGCUGACUCUGCGUGCGACACUCUUGUGGACCGUGCUUGGAUGCUGGCGAUUCCUGGCGGAAAACAACAAUGACGAACAAGCAUUCGAAGUUUCUCGUCGCAUGGCAAAUUUACCCUAUGUUAUCUGGGUCGUUGCAUUCAGUUUGACGCUGUUAGCAUCGUUGGUAUGGAUUGAAGACUACAAUCCAUCGCUGGCUCGUGGGCCUGAGCUUUUGGAUGCGGUCAAUGUCAAUGGUCUUUCGACGUUUCUCUGGGCAAACGUGCUUACUGGACUGGUCAAUCUCAGCAUGAGAACACUGUAUGCUUCUACAACAACUAGCUUGUUGGUAUGCUUUGGAUAUAUCACAGUUGUUUCGCUUUUACCAUGGAUCAUGUGGCGUCGGUUUGGUAUUAGAGUAAAAUUGUAAAAUAAACAAAGGCACUAUCAACCAUUUUUUUACUGGCCAUGCUUAAUUAUGGUCUGCUA